GCCCUCUCUCGAGCUCAAAAGCGGAAUGAAUGAAAAGCGGUUUUGUUCAAAAUAUAAAAUUGAAAACAAGAAAAGGAAGGACUUUCAGAUUUGAAGAUGCCUGGAACCCGUAGUACGUGACACCACUAUCGUUAAAACCGAGGAUAUUCAAAUCUCUUUGCAGGAUAAUCUAAAAGUAAUGACAUCACAAUGCCACGUAGACAUUCUUCAAAGAAACCAGGAUGCUUCAAUCAGGUGAAACAUUCGCUGAUGUUCACAGAAAGCCCACCAGAACGGUUACCCAAACGUCUAUGUAGUCCCACCAACGCAGCUGAUAAUCCUAUUACCGCACAGGUCCUCUAUCUGGAAGAUGGCCUUGAAACAACAUGGGUAUCCCCUCAGUUCAAUCCUGCUAUGCUGGAGAUGGAAGAGCCCCCAAGACGAAGGAGGAGGAAGAAACAGGAUGGAAACGUCACAGGGAAGUCUGCGAUGGCAAGCCAACCGACCACCAAGAAACAGAGGCCAGUCCGGAAGUCUACAUUGACCACGCCCAACCCUGAUGCGAGAAGGUUUAACAAGGGAAUCAAGCCCCUCAAGUUUCUUGGUGACUCGUCUCGGAAGGGAAUGAAUGGGCAGGAGUCGAGGAUGAGUGUGUUAGAUGACCUUGAGGCUGACCUGGAGGACGUGAGAAUCGAUGAUGGAGACGAGGAUGUUUGGUCGGAGGAUAGUGCAGUGUUUAAGAAAGAAGAUAGGAGAAGGAGAUCGUCUGCAAAGGGUGUGUUACAGAGGCUUGGAAGUGGUGAGGGGGUCGGUGCAGGAUUUAUCGACUACUCUAGGACUUUGCAUGAUGUCUCGCACAGGAUGCAUAAGCAGGGUCGGAUGGAUACUGGUAGGAGGUCUGUCACAAGGUCAAGGAUAUCAUCAGCAAGAGGUUCGCAUGAUGGCAACCACCAUCCUUUCAUGGAUGGGGAUGCCGGUGAAGGUGACUUUCACCAACCAGGGCUGACGGUGCUAAGAGAGAAACCUUUGACGAGCAACACCUCUGGGCUGCAUCACACCAGGAUGCAUCUACGUGACCUUUCCAUUUCACCCAACAAUUUCAACAACCUUGAUGACAUCGAUGACCGUCUCCCCCACGAACACAAAGAUUACGGUCAGAGUCCAUAUUUUCAUAAGCAGAAGAUCCAAGCAAGAGGCGAGUCUGCGAGGAAGAAACUCAAACAGUUCGCUGCACAUCCAGAGCAAUACAAGGACACUGGUUUAGAUUUCGAAGACCAACAACUUCUUGCCAACCUUGAUAAGACUGGGAUUGAUGGAAAAACUAAGGGAAGAGUUCUUGCUGCAGACACGCCGGUAUCAGACUAUGGUUUGCGUGUUACUCUUAGACGCAGAAGGCAUCUUCUGCCUAAACAUUAUACCGAGAGGUUGCUCCUAGACUCAUGAUUAUGUAACUCUAAUUGUGAACAAGUAAUAUAGACAUCAGAGAGGGAAUCAAGAAAAUAUUGGGACAACUGUAAUAUCCUUGGCAAUAUGGAAUAUUGAAUAUGCUAAUUAAUUAAUUAAUGAAAUCAGACUAAUUCUGGUGUAAAUCUAGACAAAUCAGAUAAGAAUCUAAUUCAAACUGAUUUCCCACAGAAUGAAUUUUGCAUUUCACCUUCUGUGAUAUCAUACAGGGAUCUAUGGAAAAUAAUGGACAGUAUAUAGUGCUGUUUCAUCAUAGCUACACAUUAUUAGAAUAAAAGCAUAUUCUGUACGAUGGAUGAUAAAUUGGAUUUAAAGUGAAAUAAAAAAUAGUUAAAGUACACGAUAUCCCUUUGGUAACAUUGAUGAGAAUUGUCAAGACACUGAUGCAUGCAUGAGUAUACUGUUAAAAAAACACCCUUUACAGAUGUGUGUAUUUUAGAUUUUGGCAUUGAUGGCUUUCCAUAUUUGUGAUUAAUUGUAUCAAUUGCAACACUUUGUUUGAUGGGCCCUGAUAUCUGACACAUGUCAUAGUUGAAGCUACAGUGUACCAUUAUAAAAGAAAAUGAAAGUCAUUCCAAGUUCAAAGUACUUUCAAUUUUUGUACAAUAAGGCUAUUUGUAGGAAGUACUUUCAUAUAAGCAGACAGCUGUAUGUGUAGGAACAGGAAUUCCGAUGUUGUAUAGAAAGCCAAACAAAAAAUAGUUUAACUCUAGAAAAUGCACUGUUGUAGGCUUGGUAUUUGAGUGACUUGACAGCUCAUUGUUUUUAUUCUCUCUGUCACUUCCCAGGGAGUGGAGAUUGUACAUGUAUCCACUGGCGGAUCCAGGGGGGGGGCAUAGCUGGCCCGUGCUCCCCCUUUUGAGAAGCAAAAUUAAAAUUUGUAAUGUGAAAAUGCCGUUGAAACAGAAGUGUGCCCCCCCCCCCCUUUUGAAAGUGAAGACCCUUUUUUUUCUUUUCUUUUUUUUGCUUGUUAACUUUUUCUGGGAAAAAUGUGCCCCCCCCCCCCUUGGAAAAUCCUGGAUCCGCCCCUGCAUGUAUCGUAUGCAUGCGAGCAAUAAUUGGCUCACCUCGGUAAUCUGUACAGCACUUUAUAGUUGGAGGCAUCUUCCUAUGAUGGAAAUACUAGUACAUCGUCAUAAAGCAAAAUAUUAUUACUAACAAAUAUUCCAGGCUGUGAGAAAAUAUCUAGAAUCCUAAUUUUAGAUCUUAAAAUGAUUUAAUUAAGAUGAAUCAACAACUUUUAAUGUGACUUAAAGGACAAGUCCACCCCAACAAAAAGUUGAUUGGAAUAAAAAGAGAAAAAUCCAACAAGCAUAACAAUUAAAAUUUCAUCAAAAUCAGAUGUAAAAUAAGAAAGUUAUGACGUUUUUAAGUUUCUCUUAAUUUCACACAACAGUUAUAUGCACAUCCCGGUCGGUAUGCAAAUGAGGGAACUGAUGACAUCACUAUUUCUUUUGUAUUUUACUAUAUGAAAUAUGAAAUAUUCUAAUUUUCUCCACAUUGUUCUGUGAAACAAAGUUUUAUUUCUCACUGAACAUGUGGAAUUACCAUUGUUUAACAUUUUAUGGUUCAGUCCAGUUGGUCCUUAUUGUCAAAUCUGUAAAAAUUGAAAUAUUGUAUACCGUAAUUCAAACAGUAAACAGCAAAGGAAAUUUGCAUGUGCCUAAAUUAUUUUACAUCCAAUAUUGAUGAAAUUUUCAGCAUUAUGCUUGUCUGAUUUUCUCUAUUUAUUCAAAUCAACAUUUUUCUGAAGUGGACUUGACCUUUAAAUGAUUUCACCAUGAAAAAAUGGAUACGGUGUCAGAACUUGUAGUAUUUUCUGUUUCCAGGAUUCUGACAUAAUUUCCUACGAAGUGGGACGGGGCCGUUUCAUAAAGCAGUUCGUAAGUUAAGUGCGACUUUAAGAACGACUGGUGAACCUUUCUUACGCACAUAACCAUCACCAAUGAAUGUAUCAUUUACCACAAGAAAGGAUCACCAGUCGUUCUUAAAGUCGCUCUUAACUUACGAACAGCUUUAUGAAACACCCACCCGAUCUUGCAAUAUCUCAGCCAUGCUACACAACAAGAAUUCUCCACAGGGCAACCCUUGUGUGAUCGUGAAGACACAAAUCAGAUCAAAUGAGUUAGAUUAUUUUAAGACGUAGGCAGUACUGGACAUGUGAUAUAAAUGGUAUUAUUGCACAACAAUGCUUUCUGUAAAUGCAUGCACCACAUUAUGUUGUUAUGAAGGUGAUCCAUUUUUUUUUAUGAUCUGAAAUUAAGAGAGAGAAACUUUGGAAAUGAAAUAAGACAUCAAGUGAGAAAGUAAACUACCGGUACUUGGUAUUUUAUAUGACUUGUGACAUUUGUAUGAUACAGUGGGUGAUUCCAAGUCCGGUGUUGGUGUUAGAAGUACUAUUUGGAUUGUGUUUCCUAUCUUUAAAACCUAUUUUGAGUUGACUCAAAUGAUACAGAUCACAACAUUAACAGCUCAAUUCGAAGAGAGUGACUUUUCAGGACCAUCUUCUUUUCAUGUUUGGUGAAAUGCUCAUGCAAAAUUUGACCUUACACCAACACCAAAAGGUCAACACUGAACUUGAAAUCAUCCAGUGUAUUUAAAGGGAAAAGGUGUAUUUCCCCUGUGGGCAAGAUCAAUGGAUAACCUGCAGGAUUAAUUCCUUGAAUAUACUAAGAAUUGCCGAAGAAGCGGCAGCUCAAGGUAUUGCCAGUGUGAUAAUAUUGAACGGGCGUUGUGUCCUCUGGAAAAUGUGCAAUUCCAGCUGUUAUUAUCAAUGUUUUAUUUUCUUGAGGAAUAUAAUGUUGUUAACAGAGGUGCUCUUACAUGCAACUAAAACGAUACUAACCAAGAUAAUUAUCGUAAAUAUUGUUCGUUAGUAACCUGAUGUUCUCUGUGUGGGAAUUGUAUGCAUAUUAAGAAAGGAAAACAAAGUGCACGCAGAAUUUAUCUAACCGAGAAAAUUAUAUAUGCAGAAUAGUGUUGCAAUAUUAUGUUUACUUUGUUAUUUAUUUGUAGCAAAUUAAAAUUAUGGUAGACAUGAUAA